AUGGAGAGGCCUUGGCUGAUCCUACGCCGCGUACUCGACGUCGUCCCGCCCGGCUUGCACGCGGACGCGGAGGAGCACGCCGUGGAUGCCGAAGCCGAGGAGCAGCACGCGGGGGUCGAGGAAGCCGAGGAGCACGACGUCGCGGCCGAGGACGCGGCGGCGCAGGCGCAGCACGCCGCGGUCGCAGAAGCCGAGGAGGACGCGGCGAUAGAGGCGCAGAUACAGCUGGAGGAGAGCGUCGUGAACGUGAACACGGACGAAGUGGCGUCGGUGUUGGCGCACGCGGCGAUGGACGCGUUCGCCCCCGACUUCACCAUCACGAUCGCGCGGCCGCCGUGGGUCUCCUCCCUCUUCGCGCGCCUCCAUUCCCACCCCGACCCGGCGAGACCCGACAUGUACCCCUACAUCAUUGCCACCGGGCGCUUCUGCCUCCUCGUCCACUUCGCCAUCGCGCCCUCCUACGGCACCAACUUCGACCAGGAACCCGACCACAGCCACCUCGUCGUGGUGCGCCACUUCCUCAGGGACGACGACGGUGCCGAGAUCGAUGCGUGCGCCGUGCACAUACCCGAGCGCCCCUUCGACGACUUCUUCAACCUGCCCGCCCUAAGCAACAUCGAGAGCGUCGGCCUCGUCUGCAACCAAGAAACAGGUCACUUCCAGAUUGCCGAGUUCAUUGUUACCACGGGUGCUCCACAAGCCGUCGUCGUCCUUUACACCACCGGCGUCUGGUAUGGGAACAUGUAUGUUAACCCCUUAUUAGCGUGGGACCGCCACCGGGAUUGGGUACCCCACGGCACAGUCACCAUCAACAGCACGGUCUUCUGGUUCGACCUCUCGUGGGGGAUCAUCAGCUGCGACCUCGCCCAACCGGACCUGCUGCAGGUGCUGAACUUCCACCGCCUCCCGCCUGGUCGUGUCCUCCGAGCCGGAGCCGGAGCCCUGCCGGACAUCCACUGCAGGCGCUGCAUCGCUGUAAGCGAGAACUUGGUGCGGUACGUGGAGAUCAUCCUCAGCCCCCACGGCCACGGAGCGGCGACGGUGAACAUGUGGUAUCGAGACAUGGAGGACAAUCCAUGGCGAUGGGUAAUGAACUAUACGGAAAGCUUCGAGGACAUCUGGGACCACGAAAGCUACGACCUGACCGGGCUGCCGCCGAACCCUCCCAUGCUCGUGGGCGUCUCCCCGGUGAACUCCAAUGUGGUCUACUUCUCCCUGAACCAGCGAUUGUUCGGCGUCAACGUGCCCGAGCACACGGUGGUGGACUGUGAGCAAUAUGAUCCGCUGAACAGGCCAGGGCCGGACGACGAGCCGGUCACAAGUCGCUACCUCAUCACUUGGAACCUGGAUGCGGAUGGAGUUACAUGCUCCAAAUGUCAAUGUACAGAUCUAAUUGCCUGA